CGGCGAGGUGACCUGAGUGACUGGGGAGAGGUCGAGUUUCGGCCAAUCGGCGGCAAGGAGGGCGGGACUUCCUGCGCGGGAGCCAGAGCGGCCGGCUGCCCGGCUCUCCGUGGUUUCCAGCUCGCGUGGUGGUGGCGGCAGAGCGUCUCCGUGAGGAGGUGCGCGGGGCCAUGACGUCAGCGUCCACCAAGGUUGGAGAGAUCUUCUCUGCGGCCGGCGCCGCCUUCACGAAGCUCGGGGAGCUGACUAUGCAGCUGCAUCCAGUAUCGGACUCUUCCCCUGCCGGUGCCAAGUGGACGGAGACGGAGAUAGAGAUGCUGAGGGCUGCUGUGAAGCGAUUUGGGGACGAUCUUAAUCACAUCAGCUGUGUCAUCAAGGAACGGACAGUGGCUCAGAUAAAGGCCACUGUCAAGCGAAAAGUUUAUGAAGACUCUGGUGUCCCUCUUCCAACUGAGUCACCCAAGAAAGGGCUCAAGAAGAUGACGUCUGGGGUCCUCUCCCCUCCAACUGCCCCUCCACCCAGCAGCUCCAGUGUCCCUGAAGCUGGGGGUCCUCCCCUAAAGAAACAGAAGGCUGAUGUGACCCUCAGUGCUCUGAACGACUCCGACGCCAACAGUGACCUGGUGGAUGUUGAAGGGCUAGGAGAAACUCCUCCAGCCAAGAAACUCAACUUUGACCAGGACAGCCUGACCCUGGACUCUGGCCUUCUCUCGACCUCUGCUGAUGCUCCUCUACUCUCCUGCUGAGCCUUCUGCCUCUGACCCUCACUGUUCACCGUGGACCUGUGGAUCACCUGGAACUCUAAGCAAGGACUGCAUGAGAGAGGGUCAGAAAGCCACCGGAGCUGUCCAUCUUGUUCCUGAUAAACAUGUGCCCAUACCCUCUGACCUCCUUCCGAUGGACAUUUUUAUACAGAAAAUUAUAAUAAAAAAUUUCUCUCAGCAUGGUGCUGCCA